AUGGAUCCACAUCGUCGAUCUGUGAGAUAUCUUGAACCGAAAGAUGAUUCUAGACAAACACCAACAAAUAAUCCUUAUCGAGCAUCAACUGCUGAUUCUGGUCGAGGAUCGAUGACUACUUCUGAACGAGCAUCAGCACUUGAUAGUAGCACGGGUAAUAGUACAUUAUUAUCAUCAUCAUCAUUAGCAAGAAAUACACCAUUCGAUGAACAUGAUACCGACGUACAUGAAAACUUCGAUCAGGAUAAACCAGUACGUAUCCGUCGUACUCGUGUUUUGGGAAAGAAAUGUUAUGAACAAGCAUUUGUUUCACAUGUUGAUCAUCCAUCAGCAUUUUUUCUUCAACUAGCACAUCUUGAAAACAAAUAUGAAGAAUUACAAAAAGAAAUCAAUCAAUUCUAUUCUAAAAGUCCUAUAAUUAAUGCAUCAUCAUCAUCAUGGAAACGUGGUGAUUAUUGUAUCGCUAAAUAUACUAAAGAUAAUCAAUUUUAUCGUGCAAGAAUUAUCGAAGUUCCACAAAUGACAAAAACAGAUAAUUUGUACGAUGUUGUUUAUCUUGAUUAUGGUAAUUGGAGUAAAGUUUCUUCAACUGAUAUCUAUCCAAUUCUACCAAAAUUUGCAUGCUUACCAGCUCAAGCUGUUCCAUGUUCAUUAGCUAAGACUUUACCUCUUAAUGGUACUUGGUGUAGUGAUCCAACAGCUACAAAAUUAUUUGAAGAAAUUGUUUUAGAAAAAUUCGUUGAUGCAACAUUUUAUCUUAAAUCAUCUCGUGAUUUUUGGCCUUUAAGUUUUGUUGAUUUACGACUUUGUUCAUCUAAAUUAAAUGUUCGUGAAUAUAUGAAAAGUAAAGGUCUUAUUCUUGAGGUACCUAAUGAAAACAUUUUUCAAGAAUUUAACCAUUUAUUAAAACCGGCUGAUUAUAUCAUAUACAGUAUUCCGCAUGAAGCUGAAGAGAAUAAUGAUGACGAUGAUGAUAACUAA